UCUAUCUCUCUAGCAGCAAUCCGCAUUGCUAUUGAUCCUAUAGACGAAAUAUCAUCUUCUACAGUAGAGUCCGUGCCCAAGAUGAACCUCCUCAAGAUUUCCAAAUUCCACUUCCAUCAAGCUUACAAACAAGAAGAUGAAUCACCUCCAUUGAUGAUCCCCCACGACGCUCCCAUCGUUUCCCCCUACAACCAAAAGAUCCGUCCUCUCCUCGACACAGUCGACACUCUCCGCCACCUCAAGAUCAUGCAGGAAGGCAUCCAGCUCCCCACCAACGUCGUCGUCGGCGACCAGUCCUCCGGCAAGUCCAGCGUCCUCGAGUCCCUCGCCGGCAUCCGCCUCCCCCGCGGCGACGGCAUCUGCACCCGCGUCCCCCUAAUCAUGAGCUUGAAAAAUCACACAAGCCCCGAGCCUCAGCUCUUCCUAGAAUUCAACGGCACAACCGUUGAAACAGAUGAGGAAAAUGUUGUGGACGAGAUCAUCUACACCACUCAAGAGGUCGCCGGAAAAGGGAAGGGCGUCUCCAACACCCCCUUGACUCUCGUCGUCAAGAAGAAUGGCGUCCCCGAUCUCACCAUGAUCGAUCUCCCCGGCAUAACUAGGGUCCCGGUCAAAGGCCAGCCGGAGGAUAUCUCAGAACAGAUCCGAGACAUAAUCAUGAAAUACAUCACGCCGGAUGAGAGCAUAAUUCUGAAUGUGCUCUCAGCCGGCGUCGAUUUCCCGACUUGCGAAUCGAUCAAGAUGUCGCAGAGCGUCGACAAAACAGGGGAGAGGACUCUCGCCGUCGUGACAAAGGCUGAUAAGUCGCCGGAGGGGCUGCUGGAGAAGAUCGUGGCGGACGACGUCAACAUCGGCCUCGGAUACGUCUGCGUCAUCAACCGCAUCGGCGACGAGACAUAUGAAGAGGCUCGGGCUAGAGAGGCGAAGCUGUUCGCGUCGGAUCCCCUGCUUUCGAGGAUUGAUAAGUCCAUUGUUGGGAUUCCUGCUCUGGCGGAGAAGCUGGCGGCGAUUCAGGCCAGCAUUAUCGCCAAAUGCCUGCCGGAGAUCGUGCGCAAAAUCAACGAGAAGCUCUCUGCGAAUGUGGAGGAGCUGAAUAAAAUGCCUAAGAAUUUGAGCUCAAUUAGUGAUGCCAUGACUGAGUUCAUGAACAUCCUUGGCUCUGCUAGGGAUUCAUUGAAUAAGAACUUGUUGCACGGUGAGUUUGAUGAUUAUCUCUAUGCUGGUGUGAAUCCUACUGCUAAACUGGCGGAAAUGCUCAACAAAUUUUCCGAAGAGCUUAGGUCUGCGAAAUCCGAAUCUAAGGAGGAUUUUUUGGGGGAUGAAAUUAUGGCUUUGGAGAACAGGCGAUUGGGGGGGCUUCCCAAUUUCAUCCCCAAAUCUGCGAUCCGCAGUCUGCUGGGGAAGAAGAUGAAGGAGAUUUCAACGGCGCCGUUUGAGUGUGCGGAGAAGAUAUGGAAUUGCAUAGAGACAGUGGUGAUCUCCGUCCUGCUGCAGCACUGCGACUACUACCCGCAGAUCAUCCCCUGCGCGAGGCGAGCCGCAAAGAAUCUGAUAGCGAGGAAGAAGCAGAACUCGGUAGAGUGGAUAAGCGACUUACUGGAGAUGGAGAAGCUCACAGACUACACGUGCAAUCCUGAAUUCAGCACUUACUGGAACAAGCUAAUGUCGGAGCAGGGUAAUUUCAUGGCAAGGGUUCGCGCUAGAACUUCACCGGCGGCCUUUACCUUGAGCAGAUACGGAGAAGUUAAAAUAGGUCAUCUGUGGUGCGUGAACUCGGAUAUGGUGCAGACCGCGUAUGAUCUGAAGAUGAAGAUGGCGGCGUAUUGGGACGUGGUGACAGGGAGGAUGGUGGAUAACUUGGUGCUGCACUUGCUCUGCAGCAUUCAGAAGCUGUUGAACAAGGAGAUGCAGAAGGAGAUAAUAAACGAGGUGAUGGGGCCUCAGGGGAAUGGGCUGGAGAAGAUGCUGGAGGAGCUGCCAGCAGUUUCGGAGAAGAGGAAGAAGCUGCACAGCAGCAUCACAUUACUUAAGCAGGCCAAGGACAUUAUCGAUCUUGACUAGGUUUAUUUAAUUCGGAUGUAAUGAAUUGUGAUCGUAUUAUGGUAUCCUAGUAUUUUCCCCUAAUUAUGCUCAGUGUGAGCUUUAUUUAGGAAUGUGUUAGUAGUUUGGUAUGUUAGUGUGUUUUCAGUGUGAUAUAUUUGGAGUGUUUGGUAUGUCAGUGGGUAACUUGGUAUAA